GCCGUCUGCUCCACAACAUCCAACCUUUAUUGAUUGUGUGCCCCUUGAUAAUUUAAAAAGUUCAUAAACAUGUUUAUCUUCGUAUAUUUUCGUAGUCUAAAGGUGAAAAACAAUGAUAGCUGUGGCUUUUUAAAUCAUACUUAAGCGUAACGAAUAAAUUAACAAAUUACAGCGUUGGGAGAAACAUAAAUAUGUAUCUACUCUGAAACUUUUACAUUGCAACAAAUAAAAGCUCUUUUACUGUCAUUAAUUUUAAUUCUUUAAUCACUUCUAGGUACUACGACCAUAUAGCCUUGCUGCUCCUUCUAAUUUCAAAAUUAUCCUAUUUUGAUAGGUUAU